AUGGAGGAGGCGGCCGCUGCUGCCGGGGCACAGCCGCCCGCGGUUGCUGUUGCUGCUGGUGAUGCUGCUGGGGCCGAGCCGUCGCCCGGGGCCGCCGCCUCUCCGCGCCGGCUCUUGACGCUGCUCGGAGCCAAGCUCUGCACCUGGUAUGUUUGGAAAACUGUAGUUCUGGGCCAGGUGCUCUCCUUGUUGAUCUGUGGGACUGCUGUUACAAGCCAGUACCUGGCAGAAGUAUUCCGUAUAGCAACUCCAAUGCUGCAAAGUUUCAUCAACUAUUUUUUGCUGCUUCUAGUUUAUACAACAAUGCUGGCAUUUAGGACUGGCAGUAACAAUCUUGGGCAGAUUUUGAAACGGAGGUGGUGGAAAUAUAUUUUUUUGGGACUGGCUGAUGUUGAAGCCAACUACAUGAUUGUAAAAGCCUACCAGUAUACAACCCUCACAAGUGUGCAGCUCCUGGACUGUUUUGGGAUUCCUGUGCUGAUGGCUUUGUCCUGGUUCCUUCUCGGAGCAAGAUACAAGCUGGCCCAUUUUGUUGCUGUUGCCAUCUGUUUGCUGGGUGUGGGAACAAUGGUGGGUGCAGACAUUUUGGCAGGGAGGUCGGAAGGUGAAGGUAGUCACGUGGUGAUUGGAGAUCUCUUAGUGCUUCUUGCUGCUUCUUUGUAUGCCAUUUCUAAUGUGAGUGAGGAAUACAUUGUGAAAAAUCUGAGCAGAGUGGAGUUUCUAGGAAUGUUGGGCUUGUUUGGGACUAUUAUCAGCGGUCUACAGCUAGCCAUUGUGGAACAUAAGGAGAUAAUGAAAAUUCAGUGGAACUGGAAAGUUGCACUACUGUUCACAGGCUUUGCCCUGUGCAUGUUUGGGCUGUACAGCUUCAUGCCAGUUGUGAUUAAAAUUACCAGCGCAACCUCCGUCAACCUGGGGAUUCUCACUUCAGAUCUCUACAGUCUCUUCUUUGGGCUCUUCCUGUUUAAGUACAAGUUUUCAGGUCUUUACAUCCUGGCCUUUAUUGUCAUCAUAGUGGGCUUCACGUUGUACUGCUCUGCUACUGGUUGGAAGGCAGAGCCCACGGCCGUGCCGCAGCCGGAGAGCUCCGGCCGGGACAACGCGGCGCUAAAGCUCGAGGAGAACGACAGCGAAACCCCGGCCGUAACUGUGCACUUCACACCAGGAGAAACCGUGGUGGUCAGCACUGAUUAAACAAAUGGCAGCACUUCAAAACUGAGCUUU